AUGAUCUCCAUCUCGCGCCGAUGGAUCCUUACCUGCAUUCUGAUUUGUGUAACACUUUCCCUCGUUUUCAACCUUUUAGAACAGGAUGACUGGACACCGCCUCCGCCUCCUCCGCCAAUGGAAGCCCCUCCCUUGCCGCCGGACUUUAGCUGGAAGACCCUACCCCGACAAUGGCCAUUGAACUCGUCAAUGAUCACGUUACCGAACGGACCACCUGCUCAGAUUCCACCCAUCCAACACAAGUUUGCCAAAGAAACACCAGUUGAGAGAUACAAGAGACAGAAGAGGCUGGCGGCUGUCAAGAACAGCUUCAAGCAUUCAUGGAAUGGAUACAAGAAAAAUGCUUGGUUGCAAGAUGAGGUUAGGCCGCUAUCCGGAGGUUACAAGAACGGAUUCGGAGGCUGGGGAGCAACGCUGGUCGACUCCCUUGAUACUCUCUGGAUCAUGGACAUGAAGAAGGAAUUCGACAUUGCCGUGAAGGCGCUGGACAACCUUGAUUUCGCCAUGUCUCCCUCCAAGACAAUCAGUGUGUUCGAGACGACCAUUCGUUACGUAGGUGGCCUCCUGAGCGCAUACGACCUGAGCGACGAGAAGUAUCCAAUCUUGUUAGAGAAGGCUAUUGAACUUGGCGACAUGCUGUAUGCCUCUUUCGAUACGGCCAACAAUAUGCCAGUGGUUGGGUCCUGGAACUGGCUGAAGGCCGCCAAAGGAGAGCUGCAACACGCGCCUUCCAAUGCGCUUUCUGCCGACAUAGGGUCCCUCUCCCUCGAGUUUACUCGAUUGACUCAGCUUAGUGGUGACCCAAAAUACUACGAUGCGAUCCAGAGGAUCAUGAACGUUUUCGAGGAUUCACAGAACACUACAAGGCUGCCAGGGAUGUGGCCAGUCUCUCUAGAUGCUCGCAAACUAGAUUUCACCAACGACAGACAAUAUCUUUUGCUCAACGGCAGAGACAAGCAGACCCAGAUCAUGUAUGAGAACAGCAUGGCUGUGGCCAAGGAGCAUCUGUUCUACAGACCCCUAAAUCCUGAAAACCUGGACCUCCUCAUCUCCGGUUCUGUUAGACAAGUUGGUGCAGGUUAUGACCGAAAGAACGAAGGUCAGCACUUGACUUGCUUCGUCGGAGGUAUGGUUGCUCUUGGUGCCAAAAUCUUCAACGCGCCAGAAGAUCUUCGUACAGCACAACAGUUGACAGAUGGGUGCGUGUGGGCAUACCAGCAAACGCCGAGUGGAAUGAUGCCUGAGAUCUUCGAAGCCAUCCCUUGUACCGAUGACGAGGACUGCAAAUGGUCCGAAGAGAGAUGGUACAAGGGUCUUGUAUUGGCUGUCCAUCGAGUCAUUGGCACGAGUACCACUCUGAAAGAACAAGCACAAAAGAUCAUCGAGAAGNGAAAACUUCCGCUCGGUUUCGCCAAGGUUGUCGACUCUCGCUACUACCUCCGCCCGGAAGCCAUCGAAUCUGUGUUUUACAUGUACCGCAUCACUGGGGACAAGUCGUGGCAAGACAAGGCAUGGCAGAUGUUCCAGGCCAUUGACUCGCACGCAAGAACGGAUAUCGCGUAUGCCGUCGUCCAAGACGUACGCGACGCGCAAUCACAACUCACCGAUACCAUGGAAAGCUUCUGGACAGGAGAGACACUAAAAUACUUCUACCUCAUCUUUAGCGAACCAGACCUCGUGAACCUAGACUCCUGGGUUCUGAACACGGAAGCCCAUCCUCUGCGCAGGCCGCAGAAUUGA